CAGAUAUUCCACAUGACGUAUGACCUCGCUAGUGCCGUGGUGAGAAUCUUCAACCUCAUUGGCAUGAUGCUGCUCUUGUGUCAUUGGGAUGGCUGUCUUCAGUUCCUAGUCCCCCUGCUUCAGGACUUCCCACCGGAUUGCUGGGUUUCCCUAAAUGAAAUGGUUAAUGACUCUUGGGGAAAGCAAUAUUCCUACGCACUCUUCAAGGCUAUGAGUCACAUGCUGUGCAUUGGCUAUGGCGCCCAAGCACCCGUCAGCAUGUCUGACCUCUGGAUUACCAUGCUAAGCAUGAUUGUUGGGGCCACCUGCUAUGCUAUGUUUGUUGGCCAUGCCACAGCUCUGAUUCAGUCUUUGGACUCUUCAAGGAGGCAGUAUCAAGAAAAGUAUAAGCAAGUGGAACAAUACAUGUCAUUCCAUAAGUUACCAGCUGACAUGCGCCAGAAGAUACAUGACUACUAUGAACACCGAUACCAAGGCAAGAUCUUUGAUGAGGAAAAUAUUCUCAAUGAACUUAAUGAUCCCCUGAGAGAGGAAAUAGUCAACUUCAACUGCCGGAAACUGGUGGCUACGAUGCCCCUUUUUGCUAAUGCGGAUCCCAAUUUUGUGACGGCCAUGCUGAGCAAGCUGAGAUUUGAGGUGUUCCAGCCUGGAGACUACAUCAUUCGAGAAGGCGCUGUGGGGAAGAAAAUGUAUUUCAUUCAGCAUGGCGUUGCUGGUGUCAUCACCAAGUCCAGUAAAGAAAUGAAGCUGACAGAUGGCUCUUACUUCGGAGAAAUUUGCCUGCUUACCAAGGGCCGGCGCACCGCCAGUGUCCGAGCUGAUACAUACUGUCGUCUUUAUUCCCUUUCGGUGGACAAUUUCAAUGAAGUCUUGGAGGAAUACCCAAUGAUGAGAAGAGCUUUUGAGACCGUUGCCAUUGACCGACUUGACCGGAUAGGCAAGAAAAACUCCAUUCUCCUUCAGAAGUUUCAGAAGGAUCUGAACACUGGUGUGUUCAACAAUCAGGAGAAUGAGAUCCUCAAGCAGAUUGUGAAGCAUGACAGAGAGAUGGUUCAAGCUAUCCCUCCAAUCAGCUACCCUCAAAUGACAGCCCUGAAUUGCACAUCAUCAACCACCACCCCAACCUCCCGCAUGAGGACACAAUCUCCACCAGUCUAUACGGCGACCAGCUUGUCUCACAGCAACCUCCACUCGCCCAGUCCCAGCACACAGACGCCCCAACCUUCAGCCAUCCUCUCACCCUGUUCCUAUACCACAGCAGUCUGCAGUCCUCCUGUACAGAGCCCCCUGGCCACACGAACUUUCCACUAUGCCUCUCCCACUGCUUCGCAGCUGUCGCUCAUGCAGCAGCUACCGCAGUCCCAGGCACCCCAGACUCAGCAACAGCAGCAGCAACAGCAACAGCAACAGCAACAGCAACAGCAGCAGCAGCAACAGCAACAACAGCCACAGACACCUGGUAGCUCCACACCGAAAAAUGAAGUGCAUAAGAGCACGCAAGCGCUUCAUAACACCAACCUGACCAGAGAAGUCAGGCCCCUCUCGGCUUCGCAGCCCUCGCUGCCCCAUGAGGUGCCCGCUAUGAUCUCCAGACCUCAUCCCACUGUGGGCGAGUCACUGGCCUCCAUCCCUCAACCCGUGGCAGCUGUCCACAGCACGGGCCUUCAGGCGGGCGGCAGGAGCACAGUGCCACAGCGUGUCACCUUGUUCCGACAGAUGUCCUCGGGAGCCAUCCCCCCCAACCGAGGAGUGCCUCCAGCGCCCCCACCACCAGCAGCUGUGCAGAGAGAAUCUCCCUCAGUCUUAAAUACAGACCCAGAUGCAGAAAAACCGCGUUUUGCUUCAAAUUUAUGAUCCUUGCUGAUUGUCAAAGCAGAAAAGAAAUACUCUAAUAAACAGAAUAUUCUCAGAUAUUAUUUUAAUCUAUCUGGUGAUAGAUCCCUAUAGCCUACUCUGAAAAGAUAUUUUAGACAGCUCUGGCCUCCAUGCAAAUGUAAAAACAUAUAUACAUAUAUAAUUAAAUAAAUAUACUUAUCUAUAUAUAAAUGCCCAGGAGAAGUUCAAAAGACUUGUAUAGCAUUCAGUGUUACAUGUCUUCCUUUCUUUAAAACCAUUAAAGGAUUUAACACAUUGUUGUAAGAUUAUUGAUUUCUAACCCACUUUUACUCAAUUCCUUUGAUAUAUGUAUUUCUCUCUUUUACGAAGAGUCCUUGGGGGUCAAUGGCAUCAAAAGUCAGAUUUUAAAAAGGCAACUCCAAUUAGUUCCAGAAGAGCACCAAUCAAAGCUUUCCUUCAUUAGCUGUGCCUCUGUAUCUAGAUUGCUAAUUAUGUGGGAUAAAAUAACCCAAUCCCAGUUUAUAGCUCUAAAUUGUAUUUUGGUGCUUUAAAUUUUGAGUUCGGUGAAGGAACCCACUACAUGCUCAGUCACAAUAGGAGACUAACAUCACCACUGCUAAGGCUUUCUCUAACCUCAAGCAUGUUCAUUGAUUUGGCAGGAAGGUGAGGAGAUUUUUGUCUUCGUGUGUUAUCGGACUUCUACUGAGACUCUGUCAAUGUUAGUUGUAAAUAAUUUUUCCAGCCCAAAUAAAAGUUAACUAUUCUGUGUUGUAUAAAGGUAAAAGUCACUGUUUAAGAAUUCAGUUUUAUGGCUUCACUUCAAAAGUCAAGAGUUUUAAAAUUUCACAAAAUCUAAUGAUUGUGGCAAUUGUUCAACUGUAAUGCAAUGGCUUCAGACCUACAAUAUUAUUUUAACCUGCAAUAUUUUAUGCAAAAUUGUAUGCUUGAAUCUACAAAUUGCUUGUACUACACCAAAAAUUAUUACUUUUCUUCCUUAUUGACAUAAUCAAGCAUCUGAAACUAGUUCUGGCAUGCUUUUUGGGGCAAAAAAAAAAAGUAGAUUCUAAUCAGUCAUUGUAAGAAAAGGCUUACAGUAUUUCUCACUUCUAGAAAAUAUAACAGUUCAUUUAUUGCCUCUUUUAAAAUUCUUAAAAGGGUGACUUGGAUCUCUGACUAAAAUCUAGAAGUGAGGUUUUCACUUUAAUUUAAUAUUAUCACUGUUAUUAUCAUUUAAACAGUUAUUUGCAAACCACAGCUUGGUUUGGAGUUAAAUGUGUUCUGUGUCUUCAUGUUAGUUGGUAGUUUAUUGUGAUGUUAAUGUGAAGAAAUAAAUAUAAUAAUCAUCA